CGGUCGUCGGGGGUGUUGGCAGCAGAGGGGGCGGCGGCCGUGGCGGCAGUGGGGACGACAGCCGUGGCGGCGGCACGGGGUCUGGGACGGGGGGAAUGAGGAGGCCGCGGCGGGCCAGCGGCGCAGCCGUGUAGCGGAGGAGCAGCUUCCCCUCUCUGCUUCCCUUGGCCGAGCCGGGGGCGCGCGCGCGCGCGGCCGUCCGGAGAGGGCUCCCCACCCUCUACUCCAGCGACCCGCACCGCACCCCCACCCGGGCCGGAGGAUGAUGAAGCUCAAGUCGAACCAGACCCGCACCUAUGACGGUGACGGCUACAAGAAGCGGGCCGCGUGCCUGUGUUUCCGCAGCGAGAGCGAAGAAGAGGUGCUACUCGUGAGCAGUAGUCGCCAUCCAGACCGAUGGAUUGUCCCUGGAGGAGGCAUGGAGCCCGAGGAGGAGCCGAGUGUGGCCGCAGCCCGUGAAGUCUGCGAGGAGGCUGGAGUAAAAGGGACAUUGGGAAGAUUAGUUGGAAUUUUUGAGAACCAGGAGAGGAAGCACAGAACGUAUGUCUAUGUGCUCAUUGUUACGGAGGUGCUGGAAGACUGGGAGGACUCCGUUAACAUCGGAAGGAAGAGAGAGUGGUUCAAGGUAGAGGAUGCCAUCCAAGUGCUGCAGCACCACAAGCCCGUGCAGGCGUCGUAUUUUGAGACGUUGAGGCAAGGCUACUCCGCCAACAACGGCACCCCGGUCGUGGCCACCACGUUCUCGGUUUCUGCGCAGAGCUCCACGUCGGGCAUUAGAUGACUGAAGACCUGGAGAGGACGGAAAUCGGAAACUAGACUGAAGUGCAGACCUUCCCUCUCACUCUUGCUCUUCUCCCCUCUCUUCCCAGGCCGCCUCUCUCAAAAAAGGCAUGAUGGCAGCAGAGAAGGGUUCGUCGAUAAUGUUCUGCUUGGUGUUCAAUGAUGGGGCUUUUCUUCUCCUUUACUUAGGGGUGGGAUGUAAUUUUUAAGUACGUUUGUGCAUGAUCUGUCCCUCCCUGUUCACACCCCUACAUUCUCUACAAAAAGGCAACCAGCCUUCCUCUGACUUGGGUUCCAAGUAUUCCUGUCUGUCUCAUCCUAGCCCUGGCCAGACUUUUUUCUUUGAUUUUUAAUUUUUUUUAUUAAAAGAUACCAAUACGAGAUGAAACCUUUCGAGAAUGUGUUCUAUAAUGUGCUAUUCAGCCCAGUAGCUUGGUCCCUUUCACUGCAGAGUACAUUUAUCUACAUAUCAUAUGCUGGGCAUAUAAUAUGUAAAUAAAUGGCUUUUAGAA